CAAUAAAUCUGGCAUCUCGGAUUGAGUUUCUUAUUAGAUUUCCUUAGUUUAAAUAUAUGUAAACAAAAAAGUAGGCUUGAUAAUAAUUAUAAUAAUUGUGAUUAUUGUGUGUUUAGGUAAAAAAGAGAGUUUUUUUAGUCACAGCAUCCACUAUGUCCAAUUGUCGGUACUGCAACGUUUCUUGCGAGUCUAAUCGCAAGAUGGAAGAUAGGAACUUUCGUGAAAAACUACAGACAAUUUUGUGCAUGUGGGUGGAUAUUGAGUUAUCACGAUCGAGCAUGGAUGUAUGUAGUAAGUGUGAGAGAAGCAUUUUGGAUUUUUACUUGUUCAAAGAACGAAGUCGUCAGAUACUGCGGCAUUCAACGAAAUUCACAAAUAAAGUACAGUUUAGAAACGAACAGCAUUCAACGAUUCAGGAAAACAGUCAGCAGGAGUCAGUUAUAAAAUCCCUAGUGGAUAAUUACAAAGAAACAGUUGAUGCUCUUGAAAAGCUUGAUCCUUCAGUCGACCCUAUCGUAGAAGUUUCGAAUAGUAAGAAAAAACAAACGACAAAUCUGGAAAACAAAAACCAAUCAAAAUCAAAGCGCGGUCAAUAUAGACGCAUUCCACCAGAGGUUCGUCUCGCAGAAAAGCUAAGACCAAAACGUAAAAUACAGCGUAAAACUGAAGAGGAAAAGGCUAUGAGCCCGACUGAAUAUAAGCGGUACUAUUAUAGCACGCACAUUGCUGGUAAAUACAACGGUACCUGUGAGUUGUGCGGUAAACGGAUUGCUACCGAUCGAAUGGAAGGUCAUAUGAAUGGUCACAAAGGACUGAAACCAUAUGUAUGUGAUAUUUGUGGUCUAAGAUCCAAUUGCAAGCUCAAUAUGCGAGCCCACAUGGCCAGAAAUCAUGGUGAGGAUCAGCGGAUACCUUGCACUAUGUGUGACAAAGUUUUUCGCUGUCAGCAAAUUUUAAAGGCUCACAUGCGUGGCACUCAUGAUGAAAAAAAGGAAACCUGUCCCUUAUGCGGCCUCAAAUCUGCAAACAAACACGCUUUGGCACGCCAUUUGAGAAUUCACACUCAAACGCGGGAUUAUGUAUGCCCGCAGUGUGGGAAAGCUUUUUACUGCCAAAGUGUACUUAAUAUUCAUCUACGAACUCACACUGGCGAAACUCCGUACAUCUGCUCGAUAUGUACCAAAGGCUUUGUACAUCGUCGGAUGUAUGUAAUUCAUAUGAAAGCUCUCCAUCCUGGCGAGCCGCUCAUGACAUUGAAUAAACACGCCGGUAUUACAUCAUAAAACAGUUUUUACAUCAUACAAUAAGUCCUAUUAUAAAAGUCAAGGCUCACGGUGUGAUAUUCUGAUAAACGUCAUAUUUUCGUGUUUUCACGUUAUAUUUAAGAAAAACCUUGUUUCCGAAAGUUUAAUCACUGAACACUCACCCUCGCUUUAGCACAUAUCAAAGUGAAAUAAAAUAAACU